AAAUUAACCAGCGGCUAAUCGCCGCUGUUACUCACCGCCACCAUGAUUAGCUUAACUACCCUCGAAUUUACCAAUAUGCCCCUCUGCUACUCUCCUUUUCUUCUGUUUCCUCGAGCCCCCCCUGUCAUUCUAUCGCAGCUGCUGUUCACACUCAACAGUACGGAUACUGCCAGCGAGUAGCUCCGCAGCAAAUCCAAACCCUAGCCGACUCGAUUCGAGGCCAUACGGCCGGCGCGGACUCCGAGGUGCCUGCGACGGCGGCGGCGUUGAGGUGGAACGGCCGCGAUGGAGGAACACAUCCCUCUGGGAGGCGGCGCGGGGAGGCCGCCGAUCCCGGCGUCGGCGAGGAAGCCGGUGCUCGCGCACCACGCCUCCUUUGUGAGGAGUCCUGCAAACAAGACAAAGCCUGAAACUGAGAAAACUUUUGAAAACAUGGACACUGAAUUUAUCCCUGUUGUACGGUCUGGAGGCUGGGCUGAUAUCGGAUCAAGGCACACAAUGGAGGAUGUCUACAUUUGCUGUGAUAAUUUCAUGCAAGAUUUUGGGUUUGAAAGUUCUGAAGAAGGCCCCAGUGCCUUUUAUGGGGUUUUUGAUGGGCAUGGUGGAAAGCACGCAGCUGAUUUUGUGUGCAGCAAUUUGCCAAGGUUUAUUGUCGACGAUGAGGGUUUCCCUAGGGAGAUAAAGAAAGCUUUAUCCUCUGCAUUCUUGCAGACUGAUGCUGCUUUUGCAGAUGCAUGUUCUCUGAACUGCUCUCUUGCUUCCGGCACAACUGCGCUUGCAGCAUUAGUCGUUGGGAGGUCACUUCUGGUCGCAAAUGCUGGUGAUUGUCGAGCCGUACUUUGUCGUCGUGGAAAGGCAAUCGAGAUGUCCAGGGACCACAAGCCAUCUUGUAACAGGGAGAAGACGCGCAUUGAGGCAUUGGGUGGAUAUGUUGACGAUGGAUACCUUAAUGGGCAGCUCAACGUCGCGCGAGCAAUCGGGGACUGGCACAUGGAAGGAAUGAAGGCAUGUGAUGGUCUCGGCCCUCUUAGUGCCGAGCCUGAGGUAAUGACGAUGGAUCUUACUGAGGAGGACGAAUUCCUGAUCAUGGGUUGUGAUGGGAUCUGGGAUGUAUUCCGCAGCCAAAAUGCGGUGGACUUUGCACGCCGGAAGCUCCAAGAGCACAAUGACCCUGCUGCUUGCUGUAAAGAACUAGUUGACGAGGCCAUCAAGAGGAAGAGUGGCGAUAACCUUUCUGUAGUUGUCGUCUGCUUCAACACAAGGCCGCCUCCUGUCCUAACAGCUCCAAGGCCUCGAGUACAGAGGAGUAUAUCUGCGGAAGGCCUGAGGGAGCUGCAAAGCUUCCUCGAUAGCUUGGCCGAUUGACACGGGACUCCAGCAGCCCUGCCAUACUGUAGUUUUGCCCUUUUCCAGCUUAAAUUGGAAAAUAGGUUUAGCAUGCACUAUCUCAUAAUUUCGCCGAGAUAGCUGUUGUUGAGUAAUCCAGAGUUGUAACAUAUGCUGCGGCAAAUUGUAUCUGCAGUUGAGAGUAUUAUUUAUUGGUUUCUGGGACAUGUUAACUUUGUAGGUCUCGAAUGAUCAGAAUCGACAUUUCUUAGAUCUAGGCGAAUCGGUGGCUGGUCUUGGUAAAGACUAUUCAUGGCUUGGAAUCUCUGUAAUGCUUAAGUUGGAUAAGUUUUUCUGA